AUGGAUUUAUUUUUUAACAACCAAUGUAACUACAACGGUUGUGGUGAAAAGUUCGGUAGUCUGGCUGAAUUGAUUCAGCAUGUAGAGCGUGUCCAUAUUGUAAUGGAUGACAGUAAAGAAGUCUCUGGAAGUGAAAGCAUGGUACCCAAAAUCAAAAUAUUGCCUAGCAAUGUCCAUGAUGUGAUUAUGCGUUCUCCGGUUCAUCGAAUCAAUCAUGGAUCACGCCGUCACCCAUCAGUAUCUCCACUAAACAACAUUAAUUGUGAACGUCCAAUUCAGAUGAUGAAUGCAACUGGUGCUGCAUCCUCAUUGCAGUCCAUGUUGGCUAAUGCUGAUUCUGGUACUAGAGCAAGUGCUCCAACAACUUUUGUUAAUCAAAGUAAUUGUGAGCCUCCAAUUCAGUUGUUGAGUGGAAUUGGAAGUGAUGGUUCUGCUUCGUCAUUGCAGUUCGUGUUAGCACCUACUAUUGUUAUCAGUAGCGCAAAUGCACCGUUUCAGGUACCAAUGGCUUUCCCAAAAAGCAACAAUUGCGUACCACCGUCUCAGUCUGCCGUUGCACAAGCAAAGCGCGGAGCAAUUCCCAAAGCACGAAUACAGUCAAUGGGAUUAGGUGGUAAUCGUGAUGCUGAAUCAUUUGAGAAGGAUAACAUUCCAUCAUCAUCAUCGGCGGUAAAGCGGAAAAAUAACAGUUCUAAAAUCUCAUUCUCAAAGAAAAGAAUCUCAUCUAUUAACCGUAAUGUUGAGCCAUCCAUGGCAAAGUCAAAUGAUGUUCCAACACAACCAACCUCUAUAUCAUCUCCUCCAAAACUUAACGAAAGUACCCAUAUUGCCUUAAGUGGUUUGACCCCGAAAGACAUUGUCCAAAACUCGGUUCUAAGGGCAGAUCACUCGCAAUUAAAGCCAUUUCCUUGUCCCAUUCGUGGUUGCAUAAAAAGGCAGUUUAUGGAUGAUAACAGACAAUGGAUGAUAGCACUAUUACGAUGCCUGAUAGAAGAAAAUUCUAAUGAGGUAAUUAAUGUACCAGAACCAAAUUCAGAAAAAUGUCAGUUUUGA